AUGACCUCCGAUCCUGAGUCGGUCUCCAACCUGGGUCGUUGUUUACAGUUGUAUCUGCUGGUGCAGCUACAGUUAACUGCUAUGGCUGAACAACUCUCCGGACAGAGUGAGAGCCUCUUCAACUGCAGCACCGAUGAGCACUUGUCUGGAGGCCACUGCUGUAAGAACUGUAAUGCAGGUGAGUUUGUUCAGGAGUCCUGCACAGUCCCCCACACCCUAGGACAGUGUGAGAAGUGUCACCCAGGGACAUUCACAGAGGCUGGUAAUGGCCUAGGGUUUUGCAGAUCUUGCUCCAUCUGUGGAGAAGACCAGGAAAUGGUGGCCGAUUGCUCUGCCACCAGUGACCGGAAAUGCCAGUGCCAAAUGGGCAAUUUCUAUUCUGACUCAGGAUCCAGUGAAUUCUGCCGCCGGUGUACUGAGUGUCCCCAAGGAGUCCCUGUCCUCCAGAAAUGCAACUCCACAUCAAACACAGUGUGUGGUCUGGCUGCUACAAGUAAGACAGAUUUAUUUUUAGUCACUAUGACUAUUUUCUUAUUGAAUGAAAAUUUACACACCACAGCAAAGUCGACAUCAAAAUAA